AGUAGUGAAGCAAGGCGGAUCCUGGGACAGUUUGAUAUCAAACCCCCACUCCGGCCCAAUUAAACCCCCACCAGGCUCCGAUUAAAUUCCCCCUCUAUGUUAGUAUGUCAGCCAUUUUGUAUAUUGGUAACGUGGAGAGUUGGUAUAUCUAUAUAUUCAAAAGUCGGCCAUUUUGUAUAUCGGUAACGUAGGGAGUUGGUAUAUCUAUAUAUUUGAAUUUGAUUCUAUAUGUCAGCCAUUUUGUUUAUCGAUAAUGUGGUAAGUUACUAUAUUUACAUGUUUGAAAUAUCGGCCAUUUUGAAUAUGAUUUAAAUUAAAAAACUCAAUUAUUAUUUUGAUUCAAAAUGGUUAAAUAGACUUGAAAUUUUGUUUUUCUCACAGUAGAGAUUUUGUCAUUCAGGCAAGAUGACUGUAGAUGUUUUCGGUCGUCAACUGCCAAAAAGUAUAGUUAAAAGUAAUACAAUAAAUAGUGUUGGUGUUCGAGGUCCGACGGGUGAGGGCUUUAAGCUAACAAAGGAUAAACAAUAUGAUAUAAACCAUAAACGUUUGUGUAAUGUCGGAGAUCCGCUAAAUGCAAACGAUGCUGCAUCAGUUAAAAUUGUUCGCGAAAUGAUUCAAGAAGAAACGCGAGUGAUAUAUCAUCAGACUGCAUCAUUGAAAGAUAGUUGUGAAAAUAAUAGCAUUAUGAUUGGCGGACUCGAAUCAGCUUUUCACGAUCAUAAAAAUGAACAUUCUAUAAAUGUUGAUGCAGAUUCAAUUUAUCAGAGCAAAAAUUUUUUUCAACUCAUAGAAUCUAGAGUUAGCACACUGGAAACUAUGUACAAACGAAUUUCCGAUGUAGUCGAAAAAUUAGAUAAUAAGAAAAUUUUAUAGAAGGGGAAGGUUGAUUUUGAAAAUUGUAGUGGGGGAGCUAGCAUCAGGCAACACUCAGAACCAUAUAUAUUUUGCCAGUUGUAAAAAACGAACUCGACAGUCAAGAUCGCAGUUGAAAAAAUUAAAAUGGCCAUUUUUGUUGAUUUUCAAGGAUUCAAUGAUUCAAUUUUUAUUAUCAAAGAACUUGCAAUUAGUAAUGCAAACUCAAAGCUAGCAAGUGAAACUAUCAUUUUUGCUGCACCAUGUGGAAAAGAAAAUUUAACGAAUGAGUAUUGGAAGACUAUUGAAAAAACUGUGACUAAUGUGCAUGGAAUUUUAUGGAGUGCUGGGGAUGUUGACUAUCGUGAAGUAUCAAAUAUAAUUAAUGAAAAACUAGGUGGUGAUUUGGAAUAUAUCUAUGUAAAAGGUGCUGAGAAAAAAAAAUGGCUAUCAGAAAUCUUGAAAUCACAGACUGCAACAAUCAUCAACCUUGAUGAUCUUGAUUGUCCACCAGAUGAAAAAUUAUAUAAUCUACCAACAUUGAGGCAUAUGAAUUGUCAUACAGAAUGCAUUAAUUAUAUUUGUGCUGCUGAAAAUGUAAAUCGAUACAAAUAUUGGUUUGCUAGAGCCUUUACAUUUCGACCAUCUCUUCGCAAGUCUAUCAUGUUCUAUAGUAUUGUCGAAAAUUUGGCGGAUAUGUCUGCUAAAGAUAUUGCGCUGAUUCCAACAAUGGCAAUCAUCAAAUUUUCCGCUCAUGAAAUAGAUAAAGUCUGGGAUAAGCUGUCUGAAAACCAGAAACAAAAUCCUCACGUUUCAGGAUUGCGCAGAUGUACCAAGCAUUCAAUUGAUUGUGGAGAUGGUGAUAUAGCUGGAUGUUUUUUUUAUUCACUAAUAAAGACUGUGAGAAAUGUGCUGCAGAGCAAUCUUCUACUAAAAUGAUCAUGUAAAAAUUAAUAAAUAAAUGAAAAUUUAAAACGAUGAAAAAUUGUGUUGGAAUGUAUAUUUAUUCCUUUUUAAUAUUCAAAUUAUAAAAUAAGGUUAGCAUUAGAAUUCCUUAAAACCAAGUUUAAACAUGUUUAAACACAUGUUCAGGCAAGUUUAAACAUGCUCAGACAUGUUUGAGGAGUUGGACAGCUGCAAAUAGUAAAUAAGUUUUAUUAUUAUCAUGUAUAAAUAUUAACUUACAAUCAUCCAAAACUUUUUCAACGAAACACAUGACUCAUUACAAAUAAUGAAUCAGCCAAAUAAUAAUCUUGAAUGAUUAUUCAGCCUCUAACAGCAAAAAUUUUUAGAAAAGUGACUCACAAAAAAAAAAUAUAAGCCUAACCUAACCUAAGAAGCAUUUAAAGUGGGGAUCGUUGAAAGUGGGGGAUCGAUUUUCCUUUAAAAGCUGCUGCCCAGAGCUGUAGAGCCACAGAUCUCAUCGAACCUUCUGAGCUAGCAUCUCCAAGACAGUAAAAAUAAAAUUGGCAACAUGGACAAAUUAUAUGCAGAAAUGAACACUAUUGGAGUAACACCAUAUCCUGCUACUAUCCCAAUCAAAAAGAUUGAAUUUGAUUACUUAUAUCGUGUGACAAAUGUAAGACAAGUUCGAACACCAUAUGGAGAUUCUAUCAUAUUGGAAUUGGAGCGCAAAAUUUCAGUAUUUCUACCAAAAAGACUUAGCAAUUUCAUCACACAGAAUUCAACAAUUUUACCAGAGUUACUUAAAGAUGCUCUCUCUGGAGAACUUAGAUUCGUCAGACAUGGAUCAAACCAUUUUGGAUUCGAGAAACAAAAACAAAACAACAUUGAAAUGCUUGAUUAAGGAGUAAAUGUAUAAAUAAUGUUAAUAAAUAUAUAUAUUAAAUACAA